AUGGAGCCCUCCUCGGCGCCCAAUGCGAUCGGCUCUACCGUGAUGGAAUCGUGCAUCUCCGGUCAAUCUCCACCGCCCUCCAAAAAUUCAUAUUCUUUGGAGAUUAGCCUAAUUUCCGCUCAAGAUUUGGCGCCGGUGUCGAAAUCAAUGCAACCCUACGCGGUGACGUGGAUUUAUCCUAAUCGCAAGAACAUUACCCAAGUCGACCAAGAAGGCCACAAAAAUCCAAAGUGGAACGAGAAAUUCAACUUCCGCCUAAAAGACGGUAUGCCCGAGGACGCCACGGUCACCGUGGAGAUCUACACGCUCUCCUGGUUUCGUGACGUCCUCGUGGGCAGUGUUAGUGUCCCCAUUCGCGACCUAAUUGCACCAUUGGCCCAAACCCCACCCAACUGUAAUAAAAACACGCGUUUUGUGACGCUCCAAAUUCGGACCUCGUCCGGCUCCCCGCAGGGCAUACUCAACAUCGGAGUUACCCUGCGGGAUGGCGCCACUAUCAAAAGCGCGCCGCUCAACCGCCCUCCCGGCAAGGUUCUCCAGCAAGAACACGGAAACGAGGAUCCGAUCGACGAUCAUAAAAUGGAAUUAAUCUCCAAAAUUGAAAUGUGGCGAUCCAUGAGCACCGGCUCCGGCCCCCAGGAUGAGGAUUUCACGUUGAAACCGGGCUCCAUCGUCAACGGCUCCAUGUGCGACAACGGCUCAGAGAUUUGCUCCGAUAUAGGGCCGUCCGCCUCUGUCGUGGCGGCGGAGCUGGCCAUGAAGCUAAUGCCUCCCCCACCACCGCCGGCGAGGAAAGGUGCACAGAGUGACGAUUCUAGCUCAAUCCUAGGGGAGAUGACACUUGAACAAGCUCAAGCUAGAGGGUAUAAAGUCAUGACCAAGGAGAGGUGGCGGAAGGCGGCGGUGAACGACGGUGACGACUCGGAGUUAUCUGUCCGAAACCCAAAACGGAGCACCGAGGGCAGCCUAUUUUCUUGCUUCGCAGUCGGUAUUGAGUUCACGAUAGUUUGCGGGGCCAGCAAGAAACCAAACAGCAAGAAACCGAGCAGCAGGAAGAAGAAAUCUGGCGACGACAAUUAA